AUGACUGACCACACUCCAUCACAAAGAUAUUUAUCUACCAGAGGAGGUUCUUAUGACCUAUCAUUCGAAGAAGUCGUCUUAAAAGGUCUCGCUGCCGACGGAGGACUAUUCAUUCCUGAACAGAUCCCAUCAGUACCUGAGAACUGGGAAUCAAAAUGGAAGGAUCUAUCAUUCUCUGAUCUCGCAUUCGAAAUACUUUCCCUCUACAUCUCUUCUUCGGAAAUCCCAUCUGCAGAUUUGAAAGACAUCAUAAAUCGAAGUUACUCAACAUUUCGCGCCCCGGAAACCACGCCCCUCGUUCCUCUCAAGGAGAAAGAUAAUUUAUACCUUCUAGAAUUGUUUCAUGGUCCCACGUUUGCAUUCAAAGAUGUCGCAUUACAAUUACUUGGAAACCUUUUCGAAUACUUCCUCGUUAGACGGAAUAAGGGCAAGAAGGGAAAAGAUAGACACCAUCUUACAGUGGUCGGGGCUACAAGUGGUGAUACUGGAUCUGCAGCUAUCUAUGGUCUGCGAGGCAAGAAGGAUGUUUCGGUCUUCAUUCUACACCCAAAGGGUAGAGUCAGUCCCGUACAAGAGGCUCAAAUGACUACGGUUCUGGAUGCCAACGUACACAAUUUGGCUGUUGAAGGAACUUUUGAUGAUUGCCAAGAUACCGUCAAAGCCUUAUUCGCGGACCCGCAGACCAACGAGACAAUGAACCUCGGAGCUGUGAAUUCUAUCAAUUGGGCAAGAAUUUUAGCACAAACCACAUAUUACUUUCAUGCAUACUUCUCUCUUCAAAAGUUACCUUCAUACAAACCCGAAAAUAAAGUCCGAUUUGUAGUCCCUACUGGUAACUUUGGUGAUAUUUUGGCUGGAUAUUUCGCAAAGCGCAUGGGGCUACCAGCUGAAAAGCUUGUUAUUGCAACCAAUGAGAACGACAUCUUGUACCGCUUUUGGAAGACAGGUCACUAUGAGAAGAAAGCGGUUCACGGCGUUGAAGCUGAAGGGGGAAUUGCUGAGGACGGGGUCAAGGCACAUGAAGAUGGCGUCAAAGAGACUCUCAGCCCUGCUAUGGAUAUUCUCGUCUCAAGUAACUUUGAGCGACUGCUGUGGUUUUUGGCCUACGAAUUCGCAUUUGCCGCUGGUAUGGAUGAAGAGUGGAAUAAAAAGCAAGCCGGUCAGGAAGUCGAAGCUUGGCUUAAGCAAUUGAAAACGCAAGGUGGAUUUAACGUCCAGGACGAAAUCCUCCAGGCCGCGAACAGAGAUUUCGACAGCGAGAGAGUUAGCGACAAGCAAACCAUCGACACGAUUAAGAGUUUCUAUACUAGUGGAUCAUACGUUUUAGAUCCACACUCGGCAAUUGGUGUAGCUGCUUCAUUACGGUCCAUCUCGCGUGCGCCAGAGGCAUAUCAUAUCUCCCUCGCAACGGCGCAUCCUGCCAAGUUUGCGAAUGCUGUUGAUCUUGCAUUAAAGGACGAAAAGAGCUUCGAUUUCGAUACAGUACUUCCAAAAGAGUUCAUCGGUUUGGAAGACAAGGAGAGACGAGUGAGAGUUGUACAAAAGGGUUGGGAGAAAGUCAGAGAAAUCGUCGUGGAAGAGGUUGAGGCAGAGUUGAAAGGCUCCCGAUGA